AUGGGUUCGCCUGUUUCACGACUUCGCAACGGAGACUCCACGCCUCGAACAGUUGUCGCGGCAUUGCACCUCCGCUGGUCGAUAACGCACCAACGAAAGCACUUUUUUCAUCACCUGGUCAGCUUGACUGAGCGCGUGGAGAAGAAUCAACUCAGAGUCCAUCCUGCACGAUGUCAUGCCUAUGACACUCUCGUUGCCUGUGUUGGCACCUACAUCUACAUCUACCCUACGCAUGUUUACCGAAGAUCGAGGCCUCGAGUACUCAAAUAUCAUACCAUCGUCCAAACCAUCUUUGGGGUUCUCAAGGACUUACACAAAAACGAAGAUGCAGAUAUCGACCCAGACUGGGAGAACGAGACCCGCGGCGGAUGCUGUGUGUCGAAUGCACUUGAGACGGCUCACCUGUUGAUCUCCGAGUUGUGGUCUUUAAACCGAAAGCCACCCGUCAACAUCCAGUGGGUCACCGUGUCGAUGUUCACCCUAUUGCCGUAUCUAGAAGAUGAAGAGAACCACGCGUCGAUAAUCAGUCUGGGUUACGCCGCGAAAGCCCUUUCCCACCGCUGGUCGCUGGGGAAGGGCAUGAUGCGGCUGUUUCAGGUGACAGCCAAACAGCUGGAUGUUACCUUUCCACCUGAGACCAAUGCGCUGAUUGAUGAGUUAGAGAUCAAGCACUGGCGUGCCGAGGAGCGCAGGCACUUCAGCAGCCAGUACCCCAACUUCGCGAACUCGAUGAAGCGCGGCGAGGUUGAUGAGAUCGAGCUGGAUAAGUUUCUAGCCAAGUUGGAUGACAUGUACUUCAAAGAGCGAGAGGCGUCGUGGGAAGAUUCACCUCCUCCGCCACCGACAGAGUCCCCGGUGUCGUGA